AUGGUUAUUCUUGCAGUUGACACGUGGCAUGGGACUUCCAUAAUGCUUGGUAGGGAUAUAGAAUCAAAUCGAGUAACAAUAGUUUUGGAGAACUCAAUGACUACUGCAGCCAAGGAAUACUUCUUUAAAAUCUUCUCCCCAGAAAAACACUCUGAAACAAUGGUUAUUCCAAGUUGUUUUGUGAAGUCUAGAGGUUUAGGAAGAAGGGCAAUCCCUAAAGAUAUUAUCCUCAGAAAUGUUAGUGGUAGGGUUUGGUGUGUUAAAACUCGUCUUGUUGGACAGAAAAUGUACUUUGGAGAGGGUUGGAAGGUUUUUCAAGAAGAAAACUGUAUAAGAAAAGCAGAUUUUAUGCUUUUCAAGUAUGAUGGGACCAAUGUAUUUAAGGUGGUAAUUCUUGAACAAUCAUCACGGUGUGAAAGGAGAGAAGUUGAAGAAGAUGAGGUGAUAGACAUCACCGGAGAGGAAGAGAAUGAAAACUCUGAAGACUAUAUGAUGGAAGACGAGGAAGACAUUGAUGAUGAGGAUGAGUACUACCACGAUGACAAUUAUACAGAAAUAGAAGAAGAGAGUGAAGAAGAACACGUGAGGAGUAAAAGUCAUCAUAGUAGAGCCAGUAAUAGGGAUGCUGAAGAUCCUCAUCUUGAAGACUAUGAAUUUGAUCCACAAAUGUAUAUUCAGCAUGAAAAUCCAUACUUUGAAGCAAAACUAUAUAAAAAUAGACCCAAUGAAUUGCAUGUUCCAGCAAAUAUUCUCAGAGACAGGUCCCUUACUUUUCCAGAAAAGAUCACUCUUUCACGUUGCCGAUGCUUCCAAAGUGAGGACACUCAAAGAAAGGAAUUACGAAACAAUCAUUGUGGCUUCUCACGACAGACACAGAUGUAUUCGAAAGUAACAAAAGUGUCUGAGUGGCAAGAUGGUCGAGUAUGUAUUAAAGGGUGGACAAGUUUUUGUACAAAGAACAAGAUCAAAGAACAUGAUGUAUGCAUAUGUGAAAUUGUAUUGGGAAAAGACAAGAUAGUAAGAACAAUUCAGGUGCAUGUGCUUGGUGCUAGAAACGGAUGAACACACCAAGCAAUUGAAUC